AUGUCUCCGCAAUUGAAAAGUCUGUCAGCUUCAGAAACCACCGUUUCGUACGACUCGAUUGAGAGGACUCCUAGGGGAGUUCAAAGAAUCGAGAGGGUGGAAAAACAGAUGAAUAGCAAGUACCUAUCGGUGCUUAUCGUCUCUGUGUAUCUGUGUUCCUGGGCCAUUUCACUGGAUCGAUCCACUAUACGCAGCUACAAGCCGUAUGCAACGUCCCAUUUUAACAGACACUCUAUGCUCUCUACACUGACAAUUGCAACCACCGUGAUAUCUGCAGUUUGCAAGCCGUUUGUAGCCAAGUUCUCAGAUUUGACCUCUCGAGGAAUGGCAUACAGUGUUGUUCUUGUGUUGUAUGUGAUAGGGUUCAUUGUGGCGGCCUGUUCUCCAACGAUCUCUGCCUAUGUGAUUGGCUCUGUUUUUAUAGCAAUUGGAGAGUCGGGAAUAAACCUACUCAACACCAUUCUGGUUGCAGACAUGACUCCAUUAAAGUGGAGAUCUGCUGUUUUGAGUUUGCUGAUGACACCCUCGCUGUGUACAACCUGGGUUUCUGGGAUUAUCGUGCAAAACAUCAUUGACGCGAACUGGAGAUGGGGCUACGGGAUGUUUGCAAUAAUCACCCCGGUAGCCGUUAUUCCAGCGAUCUUGAUUAUAUUUUGGAUCGAGCACCGACUCGAUAAGGAUGAUGAUACAACCAGAAAGCCGCUCCGGGUUGGAAUCAGAGACCUACACACUGCACUGCUGGAAAUCGACGCUCUGGGAUUGCUGCUUAUUGGCUUCGCAUUCUCUCUGAUUCUGCUCCCAUGUUCUCUUUACACAUAUGCGAGUGGUGGGUGGAGCAAUCCGUCAAUGAUUGCCAUGGAAUGCGUUGGAGGAGUGCUGCUAAUCACCUACAUUGUCUACGACAUAUGGUUUGCCCCGUAUCCGCUUCUGCCUAGACGAGUGCUUCUCAACAAAACGUUUGUGUUCUGUGCCAUCGUCGACUUCUUCCACGAGAUGAACUCGUAUAUGUGGGUUGUCUACUUCAGUUCGUACACGAUGGUUGUUUUAAAUCUUUCCUACAGAGACUGGACGUAUUUGAGCAACACAGAAACGGUUGGCUACUGUGCAUUCAGUGUUCUGAUUGGUCUUCUGUUUAGAAUCACUCGUCGGUACAAAAUCUUUCAGGUCGGGGGAACCAUGAUACGUGAUGUCGGACUCGGAUUGUUGAUUCACUCUGCAAAACAGCUCAACGGGCCCACUCUUGGCUUCAUCCUCGCGGGCAACAUAAUUAUAUCCUUUGGAGACGCUGCAGAUAUUAUGGGAACCCAGAUAGCCGGCCAGGCGUGUGUUCCUCACAAGGAUAUGGCGUCGACGAUCUCCAUUCUUUCUCUGUUCAGUUCAAUUGGGGGCAGCGUAGGCCAGGCAAUUGCAGCUGCCAUUUGGAACACGCACUUGCCUGAAAAGCUGACUAACUACGUUGGAGAUCCAAAGAAGGCCUUGCGCUACUUUGACGAGGUUUCGGCAAUAUAUAAGCUGCCAUGGGGCUCCCACGACCGGUUCGCCUGUAUCAAGGCGUACCAGGACAUUUACUACGUGCUCUUCUGUAUUGCAAUCGGUAUCAAUACAGUCUGUAUAAUCGGAAGCAUGUUCCUCUCCAACUUCUACCUGGGAAAUGAGCAGAAUGCUGUUGAGGGAGAGGAGAACCUUCCAGAGUCAGGGAAGUGGUAUAUCACUGUGCUAGACUUUUUCAAGAGUCCAUUUAAAUAG